UUUACAUACCUCAUAUAUCUUUAAUAUGAUAUAAUCAUUAUUUGAAUUUGGUGCAUUUUUUGUCGUUUUGGUAGUUUUUGCAGUACUAUCUAGAGGGAAAUGCUUUACACCGUCUGUCAUCACUAAUCGGAACUUCUCUAUACUAGGAUUUAUUUAUUCGUGCAGUUCGUGCACUUGACUCAAAUUAGCUGUUCACAGUUUCAUCUAAUUAAAAGCUUGAACGUCACUGUAGCGAAUUAAGCUGCCGAUUGGGUGACAGUGUAACAGCUGAUUUACGUCACGUGCACGACUAAGUAAAUCGUAAGACCAUAGUCACUGGCUGAUCACUGGUGUGCCGUGUGCCGCAUACUCUCUGGCCGUACGUGGCCGUGCGCGCAGGGCGUGUGCAGGUGUGCCAGCGGCGCACAGGUGGCGCAGUUGUCAUAUUCCUCCGUGCUUGGCUCUGGAUGUCAGCACUAAUUUUUAACUGUUUUUUUAACCACUAAAACACACCAAAAUGUGGAAGUCAAUAGUUGUCGACCAAAAAUCACUUUUUAUUAAAUACGAACGAGAGGAAGAUUUGCAUAAAGUAUAUUUAAGUGAUACGGUGAAUCUCUGGAUGGAGGGACUUACAUCCUCGAAUUUAUCGAAGAGAUGUAAGGAAAUGAAUUCUCUCGUAGAAGCUGAACCUGAAGAUUUGGCGAGGCAUGUGUGCACACUUAUCAGUGACAAUAGGGAAGACACCUGCAUUACAGGCAGUGAGGAAGGGGAGAUGAGAAUGAUACACAUUGAAUCUAAGUUAGCGGGAAUUCCGUUUUAUUUUACGUUUAGGAUGGAAAUGAUGAAUCGUGAUGAGUUUUGUAAACAGCUGACAACCCCUCUGAUGUUGUUAGUUGUGCAACAACAAACUCGAUUAGCUCAAUUACAAGCCAUGCUCAUUGCCAAAGAUUCUGAAAUUGAACAGUACAAACUAGAAGGAGCAAUUCUAAAAAAAAGAAAGAUGGAAACUCAGCCCUUUCUUCUGAGUGAAUUAGCACAAAAUGAAUCUGAAAAGUUUAAUUCUAUUGAUCCACCUAAUUCUAUUGACCUAUUCAAGAAAAUAACCGUGGACCUAAUUCAAUCAGAGCCUGAAGAGAAAUGUGAAACCAGACACUUUAUUGCUUCUACUGAAGUUACAUCUGCAAAGGAAGAGAAAUCAUCAACUGAAGCACAAAAUGUAUCCGUAACUCAAGUUGGGAAAAGCAAGAAAAUCAAACUACGAAUUUAGAAUACCUUUAAUGUGAUAUUUUCAAUUUAGUAUUUGGAUUAUUUUAUUCUUCUAUGCAAUGUCACAUAUUAUAUCAAUAAAGCAAACUAUGUCACUUAUAAUUACUUUAGUUGUUCCUCCUGCUUCAUCAUACUGUUGUUUAAAAUACAGAGAAUUGUAAGGUCUAUUUCACUUUUGGGUAAUAGACAAGUGUGUGUCUCAACUGGUCAGGGAUCAACCAAUCGGGGCCGUCAUUCAUCACAAAGAAUAUCAAUUUGAGAUUACCACUAAUUUCAUUAAUUUUCUUAUGGGAUAAAAGUAAUCUAGUUCCAGUGAGUUUCAUUCUGUUGUGUGCGCUGUGUUUGAACUAAUUCCAUUUGUAAUUCAGGAGCACUGGAAAAAAACUUUUUUACACUUGCCGCAGCUGUAACAUAAAAGUUUCAAAAAGGCGUUACAAGCGCAAGAAGUUAUUGGAAGUGCCAAACACCUUCUGAAACCAUAUUUACAAUUCAACAAACAUAUUACAUAUUCAGAAGUAUUAAGAGGUAUUUUCUUGAAUUCAAAGUUGGCUACAUAUUUACAUUUACAUUUUCUUGUAUGUAUUAAUAUGAAUGUACUUGAUAAAGAACUUCAAUGCCUUGAUCACUCCUGAUGACUAAAUUGUGUGAGAAAUUACUUGCCUUAUUUGUGUUAAGUAUAAACAUACAUUCCAUUGUAGAUUUCAACUGAUUCUUGGUUUGAUGUAAGUUGCAGAGAGCGCAAUGCAUUGCACCCUUUUUUGGGACAUGGCCAGAUGUAGUUUGCUUACUCACAAUACACCGUGCAGUUGUACAAGGAAUAUAACUUACUUUGCGUAAUGCAUAAAUGCGUAUUGCUGGAUGAC